AUCAAAAUGUCGACCGUUAGAAGAAGACAUUUCUUCUCAUUUCUGUAUUGCAUUUAUAUUUUUAGUUUUUGGAUGUCGUACGGGCAGAUUCAGACUUUGUCGUCUGGUAAAUGUUACAAUAAUGAAGGCGAGGCUCAAAGGUGCAUUCCUGACUUUGAAAAUCUCGCUUACAAUAGAGACCCGUGGUCCACUAGCACAUGUGGACGAGAUCGAAUAACAGAAUACUGUUCACAGACAGAAACAAAAAGCGAUGGAACGUCAUGCACAGUUUGCACCAAAAACGAUCACCCAACAAAAUAUUUAACAGAUUUUAAUGACAAAGAAAAAGAAACGUGGUGGCAGAGUGAGACUUUGUACGAAGGGACCAGCCAAGUAAACAUCGUCCUCCAUCUUGGUAAAGCUUGUGAAAUUUCUUAUGUGAGACUGAAAUUUCACUCUAGUCGACCGGAGAGUUUUGGUCUGUACAAGCGAACUGCUGAGAACUCCGAAUGGAUUCCUUUCCAGUACUUCAGCAGCACUUGCCAAACAACCUAUGGGAUCCCGCCAGAUUUGUAUGUCGUGAAAGAAAAUGAAACAACAGCAUUAUGCACAUCGGCAUUUAGCGGUAUAUCACCUCUGACUGGAGGAAGUGUUGCUUUCAGCACAUUGGAAGGCAGACCUGAUGCUUAUGACUUCGAUAACAACGCUGCACUGCAGGACUGGGUCACCGCUACAGAUAUUCGAAUAUCGUUGGAUAAAAUGAACACAUUUGGCGACGAAAUUUUUGAAGAUGCUAAAGUUUUGAAAACAUAUUAUUACGCUAUCACCGACCUUGCUGUGGGAGGACGAUGUAAAUGCAACGGCCAUGCUAAAAAGUGCAUUACCCUGCGCAAUUCGUCGUCAAGGAGAUGUUUGUGUGAACACAACACAACCGGGCCAGACUGUGAUAAAUGUUUACCAUUUUACCAGGAUAAACCUUGGGGACCAGCUACUUCUCAAAAUGUCAAUGAAUGUAAGGCUUGUAAUUGUAAUGGAAAAUCAUCGACGUGUUACUUUGACCCGGACUUGUAUAAAGAGACAGGACACGGCGGUCACUGUACCAAUUGCCAAGACAACACUGAAGGACCUCACUGUGAACGAUGCAAGGAAAAUUUUUUCAUGAAAGGUGGUCGGUGUACCCCGUGUCUAUGUGACUUAAGGGGUGCAGUGCAGACUCGUUGUAAAGGAAAUGGGCAAUGUAUAUGCAAACCAGGAGUUAAGGGCUUGCGUUGUGACACAUGUGAGGAUGACCUGUAUGAGCUCGCUUCAGAUGGAUGCAGAAGCAGUUCUGGAGCUCUUCAAAAGGAUAAAGAGUUCAUCCAUCUUCCAUGUUUCUGUUAUGGACACUCGUCCGUUUGCGAACGUGCUUCUGGUUAUGUUAAAUACGUUAUUGCUAGCACGUUCAACACAGAUGAAGAACAGUGGAUGGCAUUGACCAAUGAAGGAGAAACACUACCUCUUCUUUAUGAUUCUAUUGAUCAGAACGUACGCGUCUCAGUGCACGAGCCACUAAAUAAAACAAUUUACUUCGUCGCAUCUGAUCGAUAUUUGGGAGAUCAAAGAGCGUCUUACAAUCAAACAUUGAGUUUCACUUUGAAGACAGGAGAUAAAAGAUCGACAGUAUCAGCAGAUGAUCUGAUCCUCGAAAGUGAGAACACAAAGAUUUCAAUUCCUAUAACUGAACAAAAUAACACAUUACCCACAACCAGGGGAAAAAAGUUCAAAUUUAUACUAAACGAACAAUCUGUCUUUGGGUGGAAACCACAACUGGAUGUCUACAAAUUCUUGACCAUUCUUUCAAAUUUAACAGCCUUGAAAAUUAGAGCUAACUUCAGCCCAAAAGGAAAAACAUACUUAUACGAUGUGAGAUUAGAGUCCGCCCGACUUUCAACAAAAGGGGAGAUCGCCAGUUGGGUGGAAAACUGUUCAUGUCCACGUGGUUAUACUGGCCAGUUCUGUGAAUCUUGCAGCCAAGGGUACACUAGAAAUAUCAGUGGAGGUGGUAGAUUUAUGAACUGCGUUCCUUGUAACUGUAGUGGAGUUUCGAAUGAAUGCCAUGGUGAAACAGGCACGUGUAAAUGUCCAUUAGACAGAACUGGAGAUUUCUGCGAACAGUGUGCUUCUGGAUUCUAUAGAAAUAAGUCCACACCAAGUCUCACGGUUUGUGAACCCUGUCCUUGUCCACCAGGGGUUGGCUGUAAACUUUUACAGAACAAUCAAGUCAUUUGUACAGUAUGUCCCGAUAACCUAACAGGUUCUGCUUGUGACAUAUGUGCUGAAGGUUACUAUGGUGAUCCAUCCCACACCAAGAAACGGUGUGAAAAGUGCCAGUGCAAUGGAAACAGUGAUCCGGAUGCUUUGAGAGAAUGUGAUAUAGAAACCGGAGAGUGUUUGAAAUGCAUUCAUAAUACAACUGGUUGGAAUUGUGAUAGGUGUUUACCAGGUUAUUACGGCGAUGCCUUAGCUAAGCCAAAUUCAACAUGUACGAGUUGCCCAUCUUGCUAUCAACUUAUAGAAGAAGUGGUUAGCAGUCUUAACGACCAGAUAAUCGAAACGUUACAGUUGCUGAAAUACAUCCAAGAAAAACGAUGGAACAUGACUGACUCUACCUUUGAAGACAUACUUUCAAAAAUUAAUAAAAACAUCAGCGAUUUGUUACAACAAGCACGAAACGUAUCAGAUCAAGAGUCGAUUAGCCCCGAUCAACUGAGAGAGAUGAAAGUGAAACUUUUGAACAUUCAGAAGAUUGCUGGACAGAUUACUCUCAAAACGCAAGAAGCUCAAAGAAAAUGUAAACUUGGAAAACAAAUAAUCUCUAGUGCUGAAGAAAAUAUUGAAAGUAUUUUGAAUGUUUUGUUAAAUAUCGACGAAUACUUAAGGAACGAAGGCUUUGAACCUUUAAUAAAUGCGAGUGACAGAUUUGAAAUGUUUGGAAAACAGUCUGAACGCAUGAAAGAAAUAGCAAAGGAAGUGAAACGCCUUGCAGAUGGACACUUGAAAGAAGCACAGUCGUUAGAAGAUAGCGCUAUGAAGGCUGUAAAUAUCUCAAAGUUAGCCUAUGCUAGAGUUCAACAGUUACUUCAAGCUCAGGAUGAAACAUCGGAUGAGAUUGAAGAACUGCAAGACACGCAAACAUAACCUGUCAAAACGCAGAAAAAGUGACAAAAAUGAGCCUUCGAUUGUACGAUGAAAUGACAGAACAAAAAGUUCAAGCUGAAGAUAUUUUAAAUGAAGCAGUUUUACUGUAUAAGGGAAUGGAAGAGCUAUUAAGUGACA